AACUUUCCACUCUCGAUCUCCCUGCAACAAAUUUCUAACUGCUACUAACAUAUAUAAAUUAUUAAAUAAAUAUAUGAAUAUGAACUUAGGAUCAUCAAUCCCUGUCCCAAGUGUGAAAGAACUUGUAUCUGGAAAGUCUUUUCUUGAAGAAAGGGUCGUCCCUGACCGCUACUUAAUACCCACCACCGCCGCCAAUGAUUACCCCACCGCGGCCGCCCCUUUCUCCGGCGACCCAGUUCCAGUCAUUGACUUUACUAAACUAAUUGACCCUCACUCGCAACAAACCCAGCUUCUCAAACUUCAUAAUGCUUGCAAAAACUGGGGCAUUUUUCAGUUAGUAGGUCAUGGAGUUUCUGAUGAAUUGCUAAAAGUUAUGCAUAGAAAAAGUCAAGAGUUCUUCGAUAUGCCCGCUGAGGAAAAGAUAAGGUAUGCACAAAAACCUGGAAGUCUUGAAGGUUAUGGUCAAGCUUUUGUGAUAUCUGAAGACCAAAAUCUGGAAUGGUGUGACAUGAUCUUCCUCAAGACGAUUCCCACUCAUAUACGAAAAUUAGAGUUUUGGCCCCAAGAACAUCCUCACAAUUUCAGGGAGGCAUUGGAUACGUAUUCUCAUGAUAUGAGGAAGACUGCUGUUUCCAUAAUUGGGUUUAUAGCCAUGGCUUUGGGACUUGAUGGAAAAAGCUUCUCUGAAGCUUUUGAAGGAGGAAACUAUGACGUGAGGAUGAAUUGCUACCCACCUUGUCCCGAGCCUAAACGAGUUAUUGGUAUAUCAUCUCAUGCGGACAUAUCAGGAAUUACACUCUUGACUGAUUGUGGUGAUAUCCCAGGGUUGCAAGUCCUCAAAGACGGCGAAUGGGUGUUUGUUGAACCCAUAACAAAUGCCAUCGUUGUGAAUAUUGGCAUUAUAAUGGAGGUCGUGAGCAAUGGAAUUUACAAAGCUCCUUAUCACAGAGCAGCAGUAAAUAAGCAGAAAGACAGGUUUUCAAUAGUAAAUUUUUGCUAUCCAAGCAAAGAUUUUUAUAUAAAGCCAGUUGAAGAACUCAUAAAUUCCGACUCCCUGGCUCUGUACAAAUCCUUUACAUAUGACGAAUAUUUUCAAAGCUUCUACGAACGCACUAAUCUCAGCGAUGAUGGGGUUCCAUUCAUUGAUACCUUGAAAAUCUAAUACCCGGAAGAACUUCAAAUCCUCAGCUGGGUCCUCAGCUCCUUUCAUCGUAUAUUUUGAUGUGGAAUUCCUGUAAGAGAAGUGCCCAGCAGAGCAAUCGUGGUUUCACUUAUUGUUUAUUGAAGAAAUACUUUAAUGCAGAAUGGUUAGCGUAUAACUGUAUACUAUUGUCUGUGACAAG